CUUUGCUUCAGAGUGAAACGCGCAUGCGCAGAGAUGAGGAAGCGUUGCGCCAGCUCAGCUGACAGCGACAACAGCAGCAGCCAGGUGAUGAUGGCAGACUCUGCAAGUAGCGACGAAGUAGCUGUGAUCGGCAAUACCGACCUUACUUCAUCCGAAUCAGAGAACAACUUGAUAAACACGAUGGUUGAAAGGGGGACAGCUCUGUUGAACAAAAUGGAGAUAAAUGUGGCUGAGGCAGAGAAGAGAACAGGGAAGAACACAGUUAACAUGCAGGAGACCUACACUGUCUACCUCAUAGAAACAAGACCGGCUGAAACUGUUCAAGAGGGAGGUACACCAGCCAUACCUGACACUCUGUGGAGACGUUACAGUGAAUUUGAGCUGCUCAGAAUGUACCUGUUGGUCACAUACCCGUACAUCAUCAUUCCCCCACUGCCAGAGAAAAGGGCAGAGUUCGUGUGGCACAAGUUGUCGGCAGACAACCUUGACCCAGACUUUGUUGAGCGACGGAGAGUCGGCUUAGAGAACUUCCUGUUACGCGUAGCAUCACAUCACGUCCUUUCUAAUGACAAGAUCUUCUUCAAUUUUCUCACUGAGGAAAAGGGAUGGAGGGAGGCUGUAUUUGAGACAGGUUUCCAAGACAAGGCUGACCCCAGGCUAAAAUCUUUGAGUGCUAUGUUCAGAGUAAAGAACCCUGACAAGCGAUUCAUAGCAUUAAAGCACUAUGGUGAUGAACUGAACACCAUCAUCUCUCAACUACUUAGGGUGCGCGCGAGAGUAGCAGACCGGUUGUAUGGCGUUUACAAAGUUCAUGGUAACUAUGGGCGAGUUUUCAGUGAAUGGAGUGCUAUUGAAAAAGAAAUGGGAGACGGACUGCAGAGUGCUGGCCACCACAUGGAUACAUAUGCUGCAUCAAUAGAUGAUAUUCUGGAGGAAGAAGAGCACUAUGCUGACCAACUGAAAGAAUACUACUUCUACACUGAUGCCGUCAGGUCGGUGUGUAGGAAACAUGAGUUGAUCCAGUAUGAAUUGGAGAUGGUAGCGCAGGAUUUCGCCAACAAGAAACAACAGAAGGAAGAGCUAGCGACUGGGACUGUGCGAGUCUUUUCCCUGAAGGGCAUGACCAGCAAACUGUUUGGUCAGGAGAGCCAGGAGCAGAGGGAGAUCAGGUUGGCAGCCCUGGAGCAGAGUAUCUGUGAGGGAGAGGAAUUGGUGAAAUUGAAGAACACAGAGUGCCAAGAGUUUGUGCGAACAGCCUGGGAAGACAUAGAGCGCUUUAAGGAGCAGAAGGACAGAGAUUUGCGUGAGGCACUCAUCAGCUAUGCUAUUAUGCAAAUCAGCAUGUGUAAGAAGGGAAUUCAAGUAUGGUCCAAUGCCAAGGAGUGUUUCAACAAAAUGUGAGACACUAUCCCAGCCCACUACAUUCUACGCCAAAACAAUAGGGACCAUCAGCCAAUUGUUUAACUACAACCUUAUGGAGGUAGACUGUGGUAGCCUAAAUACUGCCUUUUCUUUGUUUGUGUUAAAUUCAAGCUACUGAGAGUAAUUCCAAGAUAAAUUCCUGUUUUCCUCCCUCUUUGCUACACAUACACAAGCUUAUAUUUAUUAAGGAAAAGGUACCAAGUGACUAUCAUCAAAUCAAUGCCUUUUAAAGUGUCUUAAUAGUACCACUCCCUUGAAAUGCUGGUGUAAAAUUCCUUCUGUAAAUUAUCCAAAUUAUCCUUGUUAUUUGCACAAUGAACAGUAAGUGCAAGAGGAAAAACAGUUGCACUGUGGAAAUAGUUGGGCAGUGCAUUUCCCACACUGACAAACAGAAGGCACAGGACAAUGGUACUGGACUCAUAGGGAGCUGCCUAUUGGAUUUUAGAGUUAAGUGUCUUAAAGACGCUGAAGUAAACUGUGGCAUGUGUUUUCUCGUACUGUAUAGAUUGUCCUGAAAGGCUGAGUGUUUCACAUUAACAAAAUUAGAGCUGUUAACUUGCAACAAAGACAAAAUUUCAUUGGCCAUACAUUAAUGUGGCAGAUUUACAAAAGCAUCUACAGUCAGUACAUGUCAGUGUACCAGGUAAGUUGUAAAAAACAUUUGUUGGGACGUUCAAAAAUUCUCAACAGCAACAAAAAUGUCAGGAUGUAGAAGACACUGCCAUGAAUGCUGUAACAAGGAAAAGUUGUUUUAUCACCAUCCGGCUUCAACCAAAAACAUGGAAUGAAAGGAUGUGAAGCACAGCUGUUGACCUGUUCUGCCCACUGUGCCUCAAAAGAUUUUACAUCACAUUGCAUCACUGUGCUAAAUAAUAGACCUACGAUUUGAUGUUUCUGUAGAAUAUGGACCAGUUUUUUAAUAAUAACAUACAUGUUAUAGAUACUCGAUACGUUUUCAUUUUCUUUCCACAUAUUUAGCUGAAGAGGUCAGAGUGGUUCACAGAAACAAUCAAGACUGAUUAAAUUCAGCUUUGUCUUUUUACAAUAAACAUGUUGACAAUAAUAUUUAAUGUAUGUUUCUGUAAUCACUGUGUCUAUGACACUAAUAAAUUUCUACAACGCUUUUGCUA